AUGUUGAUGGCACCCUUGUGCAGCUGUGCAGACACAUCUCUAUUUGUCUUUCAUCAGAAGUUCGAUAUUAACUAUUUACUUCUUUAUGUUGAUGAUAUCAUUAUUACAGGCAACAAUUCUUCACUUCUUGCCCGCUUCACUCGUACACUUAACUCUGAGUUUGCCACUAAAGACUUAGGCUCUCUUAGCUAUUUUCUUGGUCUUAAAGCCACUCCAACUUCUGAUGGUCUCUUCAUCAGUCAACUCAAAUAUGCACGGGACAUUCUUACUCGAGCUCAAUUACUUGACAGUAAACCUGUUCACACGCCUAUGGUUGUUUCUCAACAUCUUUCUACUGAUGGUUCUCUGUUUUCAGACCCUACUCUCUAUAGAUCCCUUGUUGGUGCACUACAGUACUUGACUAUCACAAGGCCCGAAAUUGCUCAUGCUGUCAACUCUGUCAGUCAAUUCUUACACGCUCCCACUGAUGAUCACUUUCUGGCUGUUAAACGCAUCCUCCGCUAUGUUAAAGGCACCAUUCAUUAUGGCCUACAUUUUCGCCCUUCCACUUCUCCUGGUGCUCUUGUAGCCUAUUCUGAUGCUGAUUGGGCCGGCUGCCUGGAUACUCGUCAUUCGACUUCUGGUUAUUCUAUCUAUCUUGGCAACAAUUUAGUUUCCUGGAGUGCCAAGAAACAGCCGACUGUCUCUCGUUCUAGCUGUGAAUUUGAGUAUCGUGCCCUUGCCUCCACUGCCGCUGAACUCAUCUGGCUCACACAUCUCCUGCAUGACCUCAAGGUAUCCAUGCCUCAGCAGUCCACUCUCUUAUGUGACAACAAAAGUGCCAUUUUUUAA